CUACUUUCAUGUACAAUCGAAGCGAACCAAAGGAGCCCGUUUGUUUGGAUUCACUUGUUAACGUGAAUUUUACACGUAAAUCCAGACUUGGUCUUCGCUGUUUGCACAUUUACUUACGUUGUUUACUGAAAGCAAACAUGCAGAGAGAUCUUGUAAAGAUGUGUAAAGUCCAAAUGAUGAGAGCUUUUGUAAACCAGAGACUGACUGCAGCCGCUGAAGAGAUAUUUGAGCUGUUUGAAAGGACGAUAGCAGAAUACGAGGAGCAGCUUCAUCUAUCAAAAGAGAAGCAACGCAACCUGCUGGACGAUCACAGACACGAUGUCCGGUUACAAGUAUCAGACAUCCAGCAGCUGAUGGUGAGAAAUGAAGAGGAGGUUCCCUCUGAGCAGCAGGAGAUGAGCUCCAGACUGGACCAGGAGGACCCACCAGAACCACCACACAUUAAAGAGGAACAGGAAGAACUCUGGAGUAGUCAGGAGGGAGAGCAUCUUCAAGGGCCAGAGGAGGCUGAUUUCAUCAAAAUCACUUUCUUUCCUGUCCCUGUAAAAACUGAAGAUGAUGGAGAGAAACCUCAGUGCUCACAGCUCAAUGAAAACCAAACUGGAAAGAGUAGAGACAUAGAGCAUUUGAAAACAGGAGCUGAUGGAGAGAACUGUGGAGAACCAGACAGAGACUUUAAUCCAGACAGUCAUUUACAGACAGUUUCUCAGAACAACAUUUUACACCUUUCUGGAUCUGAUAGUGUACCUGUAAGUGAUAUGAACUGUAAUACUGGAAAUACAUCAGUUAGCUCAUCUGAAUGUGCUACAAGCUUUGGACAAAAGGAACAACUGCAGAAAAACAAAGAAAUCCAUACAAGAGAGAAACCAUUUAGUUCCUCAGUUUGUGGUGAAAGAGACCAGCCAAUGAAACAUUUACAUAACCACAUGAUACGACCUUCAAUAGAAACACCCCUCAGCUGCCCCGUCUGUAAGAGGAGUUUUAACAGGAAAUCACAGAUGGUGACACAUAUGAGAGUCCACACAGGAGAGAAACCAUUCAGUUGUUCAGUUUGUGGUAAAAUGUUUUCUCGCCAUGAAAAUCUGAAACGACACUAUAUUGUCCACACAGAGGAGAAACCGUUUGGCUGUUCGGUUUGCGGUAAAAGAUUUGCUCAGCGUGUUUAUCUUAGCCGACACUCCGUUGUCCACACAGGGGAGAAACCAUUUAGUUGCAGUGUUUGUAAUCAAAGAUUCACUCGGCUUGAUGUUGUCAAAAAACACAAAUGUUUCAGAUAGAGCAGCAGAAAUACAUUUAAAAAAUGGCUAUGAAUGAAAAUCCGAAACAACACUCUACUUGCCACUCGAGGGAGAAAUCGUUCAGCCUGAUAAAUAAGUUUUGUCUGGAGAACAGAGAUGGCGAGGCACACGAGAGUCUACACAGGAGAGAAACCAUUUAAAGGUUCACAGACCUUAAAAGGCACUCUGUUGUCCACACAGGAGAGAAACUGUUUAGCUGCCGUGUUUGAGAUGGAAGAUGAAUUCAGUUGAGCAUGUCAAGAAGCACAAAGUGUGUUAGAAAGAGCUGCAACAUUUGCAGUUUUAAUUUGGGAUUUUAAAAAAAAACACCAUAAUUGUUUCCUCAUAACACAUUUUUUUUGGAGUUGAUGUUCUCUCCUAGUGUUCAACAUUUAAUUUAUAAACUGUUAAACUGAUUAACCGAUUUAUCUAAGGAUGGUUUUGCAUUUUUCAGGAUCGUCCUCAUACAGUACUCAGAUGCUACAUGUUGUUACACGAACAUCGUGUUCGGUAUGGCCAAUCCAUGAGUCCAAUAACAAAGCACCUCUCCGGUUCAGAUCGGGCUCGUUCCCCCAAAUCACCCCAAGACCCCCUAAUCUAUAUUCUGUGAUUAGUCUGAAGAUUUAACUCAAUAUUUUUCUAAAAAAAAUAAAACUUGCAGUUGAUAAAG